GGGGGGGGUGGAGGUUGAGAGAUCAUGUCGAUGCUUCCGACGUUUGGCUUCACUCAGGAGCAAGUGGCGUGCGUGUGCGAAGUGCUCCAGCAAGGGGGGAACAUCGAGAGGCUGGGGCGCUUCCUGUGGUCACUACCUGCCUGCGAGCAUCUGCACAAGAACGAGAGCGUCCUCAAAGCCAAGGCCGUGGUGGCCUUCCACCGGGGCAACUUCCGAGAGCUCUACAAGAUCCUGGAGAGCCACCAGUUCUCGGCGCACAACCACCCGAAGCUGCAGCAGCUGUGGCUCAAGGCGCACUACAUCGAGGCCGAGAAGCUGCGGGGGCGACCGCUGGGGGCCGUGGGCAAGUACCGGGUCCGGAGGAAGUUCCCGUUGCCUCGGUCCAUCUGGGACGGCGAGGAGACCAGCUACUGCUUCAAGGAGAAGUCGCGCAGCAUCCUGCGGGAAUGGUACGCGCACAACCCGUACCCCUCGCCCCGGGAGAAGAGGGAACUGGCCGAGGCCACCGGGCUGACCACCACGCAGGUCAGCAACUGGUUCAAGAACAGGAGGCAGAGGGAUCGAGCCGCCGAGGCCAAAGAGAGGUACGAGGAAAACAACGAGAACUCAAAUUCCAAUGUCACAGCCGGCAGUCGCAACCCAAUGCAUCCUUCCAUGAACGGGAACAAAAACAUGUUGCCGAGCUCGGACGAGGAAAAGACUCCGUGCCAGACGCCGGACCACACGUCGGGCAGCCCGGCGCUGCUCCUGGGGGUGGGGGGGUCUCUGGGCCAGAGCUCCAACCCCAGCCUCCAGCCCCUGCACACCCUGGCUGUCCCGCCGGGCCCUAGCGCCGUCGCCGUCCCCACCGCAGAUGUAGUGCACCACCACGCGUUACAGGACUCCAUGCUGAACCCCAUGUCGUCCAAUUUAGUCGACCUUGGCUCUUAAAGAGAAAGACAUUUAUUAUUAUU